CAAAUCUGUAAAACGAACUGUGAUUGGUUUUACAAGAAUUUGUUUUUUUUCGUCAUUUUGUCUUUAGCGCUUAAUCGUUCGUAAUAACACUGGUAAUACACUAUGUCUGGAUCUGGCAGUGCAGCAGCAGAAAUACCUGAUAUUGUGACUGAUCCUAAAAGGCCGGACCGACGAUUCAAAAAAGGAAAAUUCUUGGGAAAAGUAACUAUUAUUUAAAGUACCGGUAAUGUUUUGAAAUGAAACUAUCGUUUUUCUCUUUAAAAGGGCGGAUUCGCAAGAUGCUUCGAAAUGACCGAUUUCUCAUCAAAUCGGAUUUAUGCCGGAAAAAUUAUUCCCAAAACUCUUCUUCAGAAACAACACCAAAAAGAAAAGAUGAGACAAGAAAUAGAAAUCCAUCGUAACAUCUAUAAUAAGAAUAUCGUCAAAUUUUAUAGCUCCUUUGAUGAUGAAAAUUUUGUGUAUAUCCUUCUCGAAUUAUGCAGCAGACGUUCGCUUAUGGAACUUCACAAAAGGAGAAGAGCUGUUACAGAACCAGAAGCGCGUUACUUUUUUAAACAGAUAACUGAAGCAGUAAAAUACCUUCACGAUAAUAAUAUUAUACAUAGAGAUUUAAAAUUGGGAAAUCUAUUUUUAAACGAUAACAUGGAUAUUAAAAUUGGUGAUUUUGGCCUAGCGACUAGAUUUGACGGUGAAAGAAAAAUGACACUCUGCGGUACACCAAACUACAUUGCCCCGGAAGUUCUUUGUAAAACAGGUCACAGCUUCGAAGUGGACGCCUGGUCUAUGGGUUGCAUUUUAUAUACCUUACUUGUUGGGAAACCUCCUUUCGAAACAAGUAACUUGAAGGAGACAUACAAUCGAAUUAAGAAGAAUAUUUAUCAAAUUCCAAGAUCAAAAGUUUCACCCACAGCCACCUUAUUAAUUCAGAAAUUACUUAAUAGUGACCCCUUGAAACGACCUUCUAUGGGUGAUGUGUUAGUUGAUCCUUUUUUCGAAGCCGGUUACAUGCCUUUGGGUCUACCAAUAAGCUGCUUAACAAUGACUCCAAGAUUCGAUCAACUAGCAGAAAGAAAGCCCAUGUCGAAUGCUUUGGCAAAAUCAAUAAAGGUUGGUGCGACUGAAGAGAAACUUCCAAAGGUAGAGCAAGUUGCGCAAUCAGACUCAGUUGAUUAUCUUCAAGAGUUGUAUGCAGCUCUAACAAAUCUUACAAAUAUGACAAAUUUUAAAGAUGGAGGCAUUAAUGGAAAUUACGAGGACAGUGAAGAUCCUGCAGCUGUUCCGAUCUACUGGGUUAGUAAAUGGGUAGAUUACUCUGAUAAAUAUGGACUUGGGUAUCAAUUAUGCGACAACAGUGUUGGUGUAUUGUUCAAUGAUUCUUCCCGCUUGAUUUUAGCUGGAAAUGGAGAGAAUAUGCAGUACAUCGAACGAACUGGCCAAGAACAUUUUCACACACUUAAAUGUUAUCCUGAAAAUUUGCAAAAGAAAAUGACGCUUUUGCGUUAUUUUAGGAAUUAUAUGACUGAGCAUCUCCUUAAAGCUGGCCCAAGUCAGAUACCAAGAGAAGGUGAUGAAAUGACAAGAUUACCUUUCAUGAAAUCGUGGUUUCGCACAAGAAGUGCUAUGGUCCUUCAAUUAAGCAAUGGAACCGUUCAGGUAAAUUUCUUUCAAGAUCAUACCAAGGUGAUAAUUUGUCCAAUCAUGCAAGCCGUUUCGUUCAUCGAUGACAAAAGAAAUUUCCGCACAUUUAGAUUCACUUUAAUUGAACAAUUUGGCUGCCCUAAGGACUUGUUAUCACGACUGAACAUGAGUAGUGAUAAACAAGAAGACGAAUCAUGGAAAAAAUUACCGCCCGAAGAAAAAGUGAAGCAAUCGAAUUGGAGAGCUCGUGUGGAAGGGUAUCAAGAAGCUUCAAAACUAUUCGAAAGAGAAGAUGAAAAAAGUCCUGUAUUUGAUAAAUAUUUAGGUGUUGCCAAAAAAUUUAUCAUCGACUCCAAUGCUCCUGCUCAAGAAAAGGGUGUUGAAGCUAUGCAAAAUUUUGUCAGAAAUGCUGCUGUUGCUCGCAAAACGGCUGGUGAAUGUGUAAAUGCUGUUGUGACAAAAUGCUUUAAUGCACGCCAAAAAACAAAAGAAAUGGGUAUCGAAUUGUUAAUGUUAUACAUAGAAAUUGAAAAGCAAGAAACUGUUAUAGAAGAACUACUUAAAGGAUGCUCAAACAAACAAGAUAAGAUAGUCAGAGCCAGUAUAUAUACUAUUAAGGAAGCAAUGCGACAGUUUGGCCCCAAAAUUAUUAGCCCUAAACCUAUUGUAAAACUUUUACCUAGCCUUUUGGAAGCUAAAGAUUCUGUAGCUCGUGAAGAAGCUAAAGAUUUAGCUGUUGUUAUAUAUCAUUGGUUAGGAGACCCUGCUCUUAAGUCGACGUUAGCAGCAGUGAAACCUCUCCUGCAAAACGAAUUACAAAGUCUUUUUGAAGAAGUUAAAACUACCAAACCACAAAAAUUAAGGUUUUUAAAAUCUGAACAAGACAAAAUUGAAAGAGCUCCCCAAGGUGAGGGAUCUCAGGAUGCCACAGCAGAAGUUCAAGUUGAAGAAGAAAUCGAUCCGUUAGCCUUUAUUAAUCCUGUCGACAUUUCAAAAGACAUACCAAAAGAUUGGUCGGAUCAAAUUGUCUCGAAAAAGUGGAGUGAUCGUAAAGAAGUAAUUGAGAAAAUUUCAAGCCUUGUUGAAGUAAAUCCGAAAUUAGAAUACAACGAUAUUUAUAAAGAUAUUGUACCAGCUUUGAAAAAAGUUUUAAGCAAAGAUGUUAAUGUCAUGUGCGUUACGGCAGCAGCUAAAUGCCUAGGGCUAAUUGCCAAUGGAUUGGGGAAAAAAUUUGGUAUUUUUGUUCAAAUGCUGUUAGAUGCAAUCCUUGAUAAAUUUAAAGAAAAGAAAUCUGCUGUUGUAACUGAGCUACGUACGGCCAUUGACGCUGUCGCUAAAAGUACUACUCUUGAUUCAAUGAGCGAGACUUGUCUAAGUCAUCUACGUCAUAAAAAUCCCGAUAUUCGUAUGCAAACUUCAGCUUUUCUCGCAAGGUUUUUUCUCCGAACGAGUAAGUCCUCUUUGCCAAAAAAACUUUUAAAAAGCUACGUUGAAGCUUUAUCUGCUAAUCUUAAUGAUACCGUUGAAAUAAGAGAAGCGACUUACGAAGCGUUAGGAAAUUGUAUGAAAAUUGUAGGUGAAAAGGCGGUUGAAAUAUUUAUUGGUGACAAUGUAGAAGAAAUUAAAAAGGAAAAGAUUAGAGAAUACAGUAACAAGACUAUCGUCGCUAAAACGGAUGGUGGAGCAAAAAAUGGAGCAAAAGAGGGUUCGUCUGGAUCGGCCCCCCCUGCACCUACCCAAUCAAUUGCAGGUCCAAAGAAAGUUCCAAUGAAGGGAACUAGAACUGCAGUAAAAUCAUCUGGUAACCUUGGUAAAAAAACUGAUGCAAAACGUACUGCUAAAAAAGUAUCAUCCGAACAGAAAGAAACAUCGAGUGGUUUUGAAGAGAGAGUACUAUCUGAUGCAGAUGUUGAAUCGUUGGUUGCAGCUUUCCUUCCGGGUGAUACCGUUUCAAAUUUUGCCGCUCAGAAAUAUUCUGAUCGUCAAGGUGUUGUAGAAGAUCUUAUAGAAAAAAUAGGCAAAAGCUGUCGUGAAGAUAUACCUUGUCAAGCUAUUAUAAACGUUUUGGCACGUAAGCCAGGAAUGCAGGAUUGCAAUCAUUUGGUUAUGAAAUCUAAAUUAAAACUAAUUGAAGAGCUGGCCGUAAAUGCUAAUUUCUCAAAACUCUCCUGCGAUUUGGUGCUAGAUGGAGUAAUUGAUCAGUUAAGUCAUCCAAAAAAUAAUCAACUUUCAAAAGAAGUUUUGUACGCCAUGGCAGACACAUUGGGUUUCAAUAAUAUUUCAACACAAAUUGCUGAACAAUGUUUAAAAGCCAAAAACCCAACAAAGAAAGCAGAAGGCUUAAAUUGCUUAAACAAUGGAUUGGAAUUAUAUGGUAUUAAAAGUGUACAAAUUCAAACUGUUAUCGAUUUUGUUAAAAAUUCAUUUCAACACAGUAAUGUAAAUGUAAGGCAAGCCGCUUACGAACUGACCGCUACCCUUUUAUUGUAUACCGACGAUGUCGCAAAUUGUUAUUUUCAAGCUGAACAGGAUAGAGUCAAAACUGAAAUAAAAAACAUUCGAGAAAAACAAAAAGAUCGAAAAAAAUUACCUCCUAGUCGAGGUAAAUUAUCAGCUGCUGCUAAAGGUACUACAUCUGGAAACGAUAAAAAUGGUGCUGCAAAUCAAGAGGAUGAGGAGGAUGAAGAUCCUAUUGAAAUGAAUGUUCCCAGAGUUGAUAUAAGCGCCAACUUUACCGAUGAAUUUAUGCAAAAAUUAUCACAUCAAGCUUGGAAGGAAAAAAAUGCUGCACUUGAUACACUCAUAACCAUUCUGAAAGCGAAUGCAUUUAUAAAACCAACUAUUGGUGACCUAUGCAAUAUUCUCAAUCAGAGAUUAAAGGAAUCUAACAAAAACCUGGUGGCAAAAGUAAUGGACAUUAUUCUCAUGUUAAUAACUGCUCUCGGCCCUGGUGUUAAAGACUAUGGAAGAAUGUGGGCAUUAAAUAUCUUAUUAAAUUUUGGUGAUAAAAAAGCUCAGUUAAGGUCAACUGCCUUAAAGGCUAUAGAUGGUAUUACGAACUAUACAAAAAUUAAUAUGAUUUUCGAAAAUGAAAUUAUUUUUGAUGCUUUGAAACCUGAAAAUCCUAUGUUGAAGACAGAAAUAUUAAAAUGGUUAACUGUAAAGUUAACUGAUUGCAAGAGGCCGCCUGUUGCUGAAUUAAAAUUAAUUAUUCCAAUUGUCUACUCCUGUUUAGAAGAUAGAAAUGUAGAUGUUCGACAAGCUGCAAAUGGAAUUUUAGCACCACUAAUCAGAAUUGUUGGAUUUGACUCAUUAAAAAGAGCUGCUUCUAAAGUGUCCAAAGCCUCGCAACAAAAUAUUUUAACAAUUAUACAAAAGGCUAAGGAUAAUCUACCAGCCAUUUCAAAACCAGCUUCAGCUCCAGUUCAAACUACCAAAGUUGAGGAGAAACAAGAAUCUUCCAAGCCUUCCAAUGCUUCCGAUUCCUCAAAAACAACGAAACCUAAAGAACCGACAGAGGAAAUAUCAGAAAAAUCUUCCAAAUCUAAGUUAGCUAAAUCUAAAGUUCCAGCUCCAAAAGCUAAACCUGCAGCGAAGGAAACUACAACGGAACCUGUCACUCACCUGAAAGAAAAUGCUGAAAAAUCUGUCAGAAUAAAGAUGGAAAAAGACCGAAAGACGCUUAGAUGGGACUUUUCAGGAAAUAAGACCGAAUAUAUAAGACAACUAAAAACUCAAAUGGAGGGAUCAUUCAGCAGAGAAUUUAUUGAUAUACUCUUCCACGCAACAGAUUUUAAAGUUUACGUAAAAGGAAUUGAAAUGUUAUAUAAGUGCUUAACGGAAGAACCGUUAUCUCUGACUUUAUCGAAUCUUGACUUGAUUUUACGCUAUUUUACUAUACGCUUCCAAGAAAAUAAUACAACCGUCUUGAUAAAGAUUUUUGACUAUUGUGAUAAACUCUUUGCCGAACUGCUUAAUUCCAACUACGUUCUACUUGAAUACGAAGCUUACAGCUUUCUACCUUUCCUUAUUCUCAAAAUUGGAGAUACUAAAGAAAAUAUUAAACGAGCUGCAAAGUCUUUAGUACAACAAUCGGCUAAAAUGUAUUCGCCUUUUAAUAUAUGCAAAUUCGUUGUUGAUGGUUUAACUUCGAAAAAUUUAAAAUUUAGAGCUGAAUGCAUCGAUCAAAUUGGUAUGCUGAUACAAGAGAAUGGAAUGCAAGUGUGCUAUCCGAAUGAAAAAACUCUAAUGAAGAGUAUAGCUGAGCAGAUUGCAUUGAAAGAUCAUGCAAUUAGGGAAUAUUCCUUAAACGCUCUAGUUAUAGCCGUACAAUAUAAGGGAAAAGAUGCGAUCAUGAAACACCUUAAUUACCUCCCACAAGCUACAAUCUCAAUGAUUGAAGAACGUUUUAAAAGAACAACAAUAAUGCCUAAGACUGAAGUUAGACCUCAAUCGCCUAAAAGACAGAAUAGGACUCCUUCUCCGAAACCGAAAUCUAGACAGGUUAAUUCGGCUUUGGAACAAAUGAAAAUAGUAUCACAGUCACAAUCUUCUCCCUCAACUAAUAAACAACGUGUCAGUUCACCUGAACGAUCACCAAUGGGUAAUUUACAAAGGCCAGCUACCUCACCAGCCUCUUAUAAAGAAAAUACUAGUCCUGUCAAGAGGAAAUCUGAUGCGAACGACAGAGAAAACUUUUAUCUACAAAUGAAAAUUGAGGAUAAUAUGAAAUACGUUGCAAAGGAAACCCCUAAAAUACCAUCUCGAUCAGCCCCCAUUGAGCAAGCACUAAAGAAAAAAGAGAGAAAUGCCAUAUUCUCUCUUACUGAAGUUGGUCUAUAUUUAUCUAAGCGUAUUGACAAACUAGACAUAACAGAUAUCACGAAAACAAACGAAAAUCUCAAAGAGAUUGCUGCAACUGUCGAGGCCGUCGGAAAUAAUGAUAUGCAGACCGUUUACAGAAGGCUAGCUCCUUGCCUUAUUGCGGCUACAGGUUCCGAUUUUGAUCGGGCCGCCAAAAAGGUUAUAAGUGGAACCGAUAAACCGACGGUUCGAUCGCCCUAUCUCGACUACUGCCAAUAUCUUAUUGCAAUUUUUGAUGAGAUAUUGACUUAUAAUGACAUUUUAAAGAAUAUCGAGAAGAAAGAGCUUAGAAUCAUCGUCAGGCCUUGUUUAGAAAUAUUAGGUCUAUCUAGUAGGGUAAAAACGGAUAGCGUUAAAUCUCUUGUUCGUCUUACGCAGUAUUUACUCACAAGCCUGCUUACUAGUUCCGAUAUCGAAAUAUUUUUACGUAUUAUCUAUGAUUGGGUAAGUUUUAAAAUAAAAGAAGAUUAUCUCCCCGACUCUGGUGUAGGUCCAGUUCAACCAGUGUUCAAGUUCCUGGCUAACUCCCUUAGUAAAAAUAAAUCCAGUGGCUUAAAAAUAUACAAAUUGGACGCUUUUGUAUCGUUAAUGGCUGAACUUCAAAAACUGGCUCAUGAAUUACCUGAAAGUCUUGCAGGAAAGCAAAAUGCUAUUAUUGAACAUUUCCUACAUAUUGCAUAUAUUCAACACGGUCCAGCUCUUUUGCAAGAAGCCGAGUUGUGCUUAUCGAAAGAUCAUGAAAUUAUUUUAAAAAUAGUUGAAGCUAAAGCGUCCCCAGCGUCUUCUCCGAGCGAUAUAAAGAAGCAAUUAGCGAAAAUCUUUAAAAUGUUUUCGAACAAAGAGACGAUGGACGACGCAGCGAGAGAAUUACUGAGGUGGACGGAUAGAAAUCCAGGCGUUGACAUCUGGAAAUAUACUGAAGGGCCUGACGAACAGUUUAAAAGAUUUAUAGAUCAGAAAUUGGCUAGGUUAAAAUUGGAAACAAGAAGUUCAAGACCGAAUAAGAAGCUUAGUUGUCACACUUUACCGCCAAAACAUCAAAAGAAUCCUCACUAUAAAAUGCAACGUCUUCUAAUGUUAAAAAAACGUAUAGAUGACGUCAUCGAUAGAGACGGUGUUAUAAAGACUAGCAGCUCUGACCGAUACGUUGAUCAAUCCAACUCAUCCAAUUCCGAUUCGACCGAUAAAUUGGCAUCGGAUCAACAAAAUGAUAUUUAUAAACAUGAUAAAGUAGAUCUAUUAGCAUGA